AUGUCCCAGGUCACGCCCGUUGAAAAAAUUCGUGUGACGGAGUUGGUCAACAACAAUUUCCAUUUGCAUACUCCAUCGACGCCUCAGUCAGAUGCACUUGGAGUUUCAAGACCAAAAAGGUCACCAGUAUAUUCACCUUCUGUCGAACAACAAAAGCUUGUGAGCGUCAUUGCCACACUACUUUCAGCUUUAACCUCGAAUUUCUCGAAUCACAAGAUUAAUAACUCCAAACAGCAUGUGGCUGCCUUUCUAACGACAGUUUUGAAACGAUCUAGGUGCUCCAAAGCGGUGACUAUCUUGGCAACAUUCUACUUCCACAAGCUUUACAGCUCAAAGUUGCACAGUGUCGUUGACCUACCGGAAUUUUCACGUUGUUCCAGGCGCAUUUUUCUAUCGUGCCUUAUUUUGGCCCAUAAGUAUCUAAAUGAUCGAAGUUUCUCCAUGGAAACAUGGCAUUGCGUCAGUGGAUUGCCAUCUCGUGAUAUUUCCUCUAUGGAGAGAUGGUGUUUGAACAAGCUCGAAUAUGAACUUUUCGUGACAGGUGAAGCACUACUAGAGUGGCAAAAUACCGUGCUACAUUUCGGCAAAGUGACCCCGGCCUCUAACAAGAGAUUAAGAGACGAAGUUGAUGAAUGUGAGGAUGCAUGGAUGCCCGCCAAGAGGCUUGCCUCCGCUGUUGUGCAUUGA